AUGUACACGGAGGACAAACUACAGCCGAUGAUGGCGACGUCGACGCUUUCGGUGCCAUCAGGGAUGCAGUACAACCGGCCACACACAUCCCUUGGCGGUAGGAUUCGCAACAGCUUCAAUGGACACCGCGUUGACUUCUCCCGCACCGCCUACAACAGGGGCUCUUAUGUGCGACACACUGGAACUUUUCGCUUACACAGUGACUCCGUAACAACGAUGAGCGUAACGCAUGCAUAUCCGAGCCAAGAUGUCACACGGUAUCUUCUGCAUGCGAAUGAAAAAGCGCAAGCCAUUUUGGAGCGCUUUGCUGAGCAAAUGAAGACGUACCAUACUUUUCAUCCCUCAUUUGUUGAGGGUGGUGUCUACAAGACGUUGAUGCCAAAAGCCGGUCUAGGCGGCGGCGGCGCCUGGGAUGCCGUGGACAAAGCACUGGGCGCAUUCUCGUCGAAGGCCGUGCGACAUAACGCCCACAAUAGCUUUAUGGAAACCGUAGAGAGUAUCCCUUCCGUAAAGGAGCAGCUAUCAAGGAAAUCUGGGGACCCAACUGUGAGUAGGGCCUUCAUUAGCGAUUCUGUGCCGCCGAUAUCCCCUUCCGUAAGCCAAGACAAGGAUGAUGUCUUGCUUUAUCUCUGGUCUCGCGAACGUUUGAACAUUACCCCAGACGAGAUGCAUCAAGAGCUUUUGUUUCGAGACAAGGAGCGGGCGAAUACAUGGAAAUUGUCACUCACCUCGACGAGACAAAGAUGGCAAGCAGAAUUUGAUGGGCUUCUUGAAAAUACACGGGGUGAUACACCCUCGUCCCUAAUGUCAGCGUCUCCGAGUGAAAAUGAGGCACGUGCAGUGCCCAUGGAGUUGUUGCAGGAACGCGCUGUACAACGUAUUCAGUGGGAUGUGUUUUCCAAGGGUGUGGUGCCUUCCAAACUUGGACCGAUGAGCUCCUUGGCGCCGGUACCGGUUCCAGCGGCAGAAAUCAUCAGCGACUAUCGGCAAAACAAUGAGCUUCAGACGUGGAUGGAGGGGAAAUGGAAACAUCAUACACACCGCCAUGAGAAUGCUGCUCUGCGCAUUCAGUGUGCGUACCGCUGUUACCGAGCCAGGCUACGUGCGGCACGGCGACGAUACACGCGACGUAUCGCCUUCCUGGAGGCUCGGCGAGUGGAGGAGGAGAGCACGCGGGCCUGGGACACCGCUCUGCGCGUGAUGACGGAUGAGUUAAAUAGGACUGGGGAUAACUUCAACACCACGUGGCGAUCAUUGAAUUUUGUUGUUGCGAAGUUACAGGCCAAAGCAUUGGCACGACGGGCACGUAAGAAGGCUGAAAUGGAUAGCGAAUGCGAAAUUAAAGAGUACGCGGCUCUCACUAUACAGCGCGUUCACCGUGGUUACUGUGGCAGGAGGUUGGCGAAGAUAAUUCGGUUUCCAGAAGUUUUUGAGCAGCAACGCCUUGCCCGUUUUCAGGCGGCGGCAGUCGCUCUGCAGGCCGCGUGGAGAGGGUCCACAACACGUGCGAGGAUAGACCGGCAGAGGAAGGCAGUUCUUGUUAUUCAAAGGCUUGUGCGGUUGUCUGCUGCUCGGACGCGAUUGCGUCAACUCCGCGCGGCAAGGCGAAAAGAAAUUGAACAGUUGACGGAGCGGUUUGCCGCACAAACGUUGUGUCGCUUCCUGAAGCAAGUGAUCCUUCGACGCCGGGAACGCAUCUUGCGGUUCCGCCCACAAGCGGAAGUGCUGCAACGCGUCACGCGUGGGUUAUUUGUGCGAUUGGCCCUGUAUCGACAGAAACAGUCACUACUACGACUCGUACUAUGGACGCAGCGUCAUUUUCGUGGUACACUAGGGCGUGAGUUGGCGCAGCAGCAACGAGAAAAGAGGGACGCGCUCUUGCAGCAGCUUCGCCGUGUUGAUGCGGCCACAGUUGUCCAGCGGGCCUGGCGACGGAGUGUAGAGGCGGCGGCAAGGGACGAAGAAAUGGAGGUCUCAGAGAACGGAAGCAGCAAUGAGCCUAUGGUGCUGGAGUAUAGUAAAGAAGAGGCUGCGGCGUGGGUUCAGCGUUGGUACCGCUGCUUGUGCAUCAUGCGUCAGGCACGUGCAGACCGUGACGCCGCUCGUGAGCAAUUACUUUUGGCAGAAAGCGCUGAACGCAUUCUUCGAUUUUAUCGUGCCUUCAAGGUACGGCAAUCGUUUUUGUUGCCACAAGCUGCACCGACUGGGUGCACUCCAUUGAGGAAUUUGUGA